AUGCCAUUUCCCUCUCUCAUGGCGUCUUUGUUUGGGCUACAUCCAACUUCCCCACUCUCUUUUGCAAGGCCUUCUUUUUUCCUUCCCAAGCCUCCAUUUCCCGGUCGUCCUUCCUUCCGAAACCGAUCAAGAAACGAUCACGAUAUAGUUAAAAGAAGCACAAAAAUCGCAAACUCUCUUGAUUUGGAACCCAAGUCGAAACCAAAACCAUUGACUUUCGACCUCCCUCGACUCAACCCCAUUGAUCCGACCCGGUUCGACGUGAUCGUCAUCGGUGCCGGCCCAGCCGGCCUCCGGGUCUCGGAGCAAGUCUCCCAACACGGACUCAAAGUAUGCUGCGUCGACCCUUCCCCACUUUCCAUGUGGCCCAACAACUACGGAGGUUGGGUCGACGAGUUCGAGAGCUUAGGAUUCGAGGACUGCCUCCACAAGAUAUGGCCCGUCACCUCCGUCUACAUCGACGACCAAACUAGCCGAGAUUUGGAUCGCGCGUACGCCAGAGUCGACCGUUCGGCCCUCAAGUCGAAACUCCUCUCACACUGCACCGCGAACGGGGUCAAAUUCCACGAGGCCAAAGUUCGGAGAGUCGAGCACGGCGAGUUCGAGUCGUCCUCCUCGAUAAUCGUCUGUGAUGACGGGACCCGCCUGGCGGCAGACCUGAUAGUCGAUGCGGGCGGGUUCGCGAGCGGUUUCGUGGAGCACGACCGGCGCGGAAAUCCCGGGUACCAAGUCGCGCACGGCAUCCUAGCCGAGGUCGACGAACACCCGUUCGACUUGAACAAAAUGGUCCUCAUGGACUACCGGGACUCCCACCUCGCGAACGAUCCGCAGUUGCUUAAAAACAACUCGAAACUCCCGACCUUUUUGUACGCGAUGCCCCUCGAGCCGAACUUGAUAUUUCUCGAGGAGACUUCCCUCGUGAGCCGGCCAGCCAUGUCCGGGACGGAGGUCCGGGACAGGCUGGUGGCGAGGCUGAGGCACUGGGGCAUACGCGUGCGUGAGGUGGUGGAGGACGAGAAGUGCGCGAUUCUGAUGGGGGGCCCGCUCCCGAGGAUCCCCCAGCGCGUGGUGGCGAUGGGGGGGAACUCGGGGCUCGUGCACCCGUCCACCGCGUACAUGCUCACCAGGAUGAUGGCGUUGGCACCGGAAGUUGCGGGGUCUAUUGCGCAUGGGGGCUCGCCUUGGGAGAGUUUGUGGCCGGCCGAGAGGAGACGGGAGAGAGAGUUUUACAACUUGGGGAUGGAGAUGUUGUUGAGGUUGGAUCUCGGGGGGACGAGGCGGUUUCUCAACGCGUUUUUCGAGCUGGAGCCUCUAUACUUGGAAGGGUUCUUUUCGUGUGGGCUCACGAUGAGGGAGAUUUUGGGGUUCGGGUUGUCUGUGUUCUGGCACGGCUCGGGGCUGGCUAAGGUGGAUUUGGUGACCAAAGGCCCGGUGGCCUUGGCUAGUUUGGUCGCCAAUAAUUUGGCGCCCGGAGCUUUGUCAUUUUAG